GUUUAGCCGAGCCUAAAAUCUAACAGUUCAAUAAGGUAAAUCUAGUCCACUCCAUUUUGAAAUGUUGGGUCCGUCCCUGAUCCCAUUGUCUUUUGUUGUGUAUCUUGUAUAAUAACGUGUGGAGCAGAGUGGGAGGGUCAGUGAGAGUGUAUUGGCUGAUUCAAAAAGCCAACAAGUAUCUCUGUGUAUAUAAGUUGUAUGGAGGAGGAGGGAAAUUUAAUUACUCUAAGACUCCUUGCAUUCUUAUCUUUAGCUCUCUUAUAGUUUGAAUAUGGCUAACCAUCAAUGUCCACCAAAUGGUGACAAAGAAAAGAGAGAAAACAUGGAGAAAAGAAAACAGGAGUUGCUAACUACCAUUGAGAAGCAGGAUGAUAAAGUACAUCAACUUCAAACGAGCGCCUUCAACCUUGCAAACUACUACUUCGUCUUUCAAGGAAUUAUUUUGGGGGCUAUCGUCACUGCCACCACAGCUCUCAGAUGCUCAGAUCGCUGGUUCCUUUUCAGCCUCUCUCUGAUAGCAGCCAUACUCAACUUGGUUUCAUUGCUUGUAAUUGGAAGCAAUUAUAAAAGAAGCGUCAUGCAGAGACACCAAACCAAGAGGGAGCUCAUUGAAUUGGAAAGUGAUCUGAGCAAGCUAGAAACUUCACCUUCAGAUCAAAGGCUCAAAACUAAAAUAUUAACCUACUGGGAUACGACAAAGAUUCAACAUCCAGAGGUUGCUUCUCAACAUCCUACGACCGUAGAAAUUAAGGAUGAACCGGAAGGAAGGCAUAGAAGGAGGGUCAUUCCCGUUGUUACAAAUCAUCUACGUGAGUUCUACUUUGUACUUUGCAUGGGUAUAUUUAUAAUCUUUGCCGUCAUCGUGAUUGUGGGUUGCUGGACCAUUCCUUGCAAGAAAACUCUUCAAUGCACACCCCCGAUAUCGAACACCAACGGUGAUAAAUGUAUUAGGGUUUGUGAAGGUGCCAAGUGUAUGAGCAUCUGCGCCCAAUUCUAGGGCUUCAAGUUCAACAGUUCUAUAUAGCUUUGAGCUAUAUCCAAGUAGAUUGGAACCACAAUAAAGUUUACCUUAUUUUGAUGCU